AAAAAGCAUGUUUAUUUCAUAAUACACGUGGUAUUUUAUGCUCCUGAAUGAUAUGGACCGCUUGGAUGUGUGUGGAAGCGAUCGCUAUAUUUAUUUAGUUUUUUGAAUCCCGCGCCAGGAAAAUGAGUGACUUCCGGCUUCGGUCUCGCAUUGAGGAGGAGGGCGCUGUGACGUGUACGGUAGAAGACGUCCUCUUCACGCUACAGUGUACUGUUGUGUAUGAGGACGAAGGAUUCAGCUGAUUUUGCGGAUUAAUACUUUUAUUUUUUGCAUCACGCCAGCCAAACGGCUGCAGAAAAAUCAUUCUGUAUGCGGGAGAGGCGUAUGCGCCUUUUUGGAGUUUCAAAAGGUUCCCAUUCACCGUGGAUAUUUACUGUGGGACCAUUGGACUUACAAGGAAGGCCUCGUAGUCAAUUCACACGUUACCGCUCAUGGAACUCCCGCAUGUAUCCCGUAUGGAAAGAUGGAGACCCAAGGUUUCGAAAUUGUUGGUCUGGUGGACAAGUUACAUUUGAUCUGAAGAACGAUGCCCCUACGCUUCUUGGAGCAAAAUCAACCUUCAGCAUUAAUCUUAAUUUCCCUCCAAACCAAACAGUGCUAGCCGAUGGUCAAGUAGUCUGGGCACGUAACUGCACUAUUGAUGGCCAGCAGUUUCAGGCGGGCCAGGCUGUAUAUCCAGACCAGAAUAAUGAGAUGACUGGAGUUUUCCCGGAUGGCACGGCUUUCACAACAUCCCGGGAUAGGAAGCCCCGCUAUGUCUAUGUGUGGAAGACAUGGGGAAAGUUCUGGCAGGUGGCAGAUGGACCUUCCAGCUCGCUUACCAUCUCCACAGAUGGUGUCUCCCUGGGCUCCUACAGCAUGGAGGUUGUCAUCUACCACUGUCGUGGAAAAAACAAAUUCAUCCCCCUCGGCUACGCCUCCACAGUCUUCACCGUCACAGACCAAGUUCCCUUCACUGUAUCCCUGGCUCAAGUCAAUGACAUAAACCAAGACGACUCUAACUUCAUCCAGAACCGAGCCAUUGCUUUCAGCAUCAACCUUCAUGAUCCCAGCCAGUACUUGAGCAGUGCUGAUAUAAGCUUUAGCUGGGACUUCGGAGACAGCACCGGAACACUAAUCUCCAGGGAGCGAACUGUCACGCACACGUAUCUUGCAGUGGGGACCUUCAAACCUCAAGUUGUCUUAAUGGCCAGCAUCCCCAAUGGUUGUGUUAACCCUUCUCCUGGGGCUCCUGCUGAUGCACCUGCUGUACCAGUUGUGGUUGUGACCCCUGCAACAGAACCAGCAACAGCAGAAGUACUUGACCCUGACACUGUCCCAGCCGCAGCUGAUCCACCUAUUGCAGAUGCCGUUCCAGUCGAGGCCUCAGAGCAGCCGGCUGAAGCAGGCGCCGACACAGAUAAUGCAGAGGCCGCAAUUGACACGGGAGCGGAGGAAGUAGAGGCGGUCUCAGUAGCCCCCGCAGCGAUUGAUGCAGCCGUUGCUCCAGCAGAAGAAGAUCCAGCUGCUACUGCUGCAGAUGUUGCUCCUGAGGAUGCUGCUGCCGUCGAGGUGGCCACUGUUGCGCCUCUUGAACCUGCAGAUGAAGGCGCCACUGAAGUGGAAACCGCUGCUGUGGUUGAAGUUACAGAGGAAGCUGCAGAGAAUGUGCCCGCACUUGACGCAGCUGCUUCCCUAGCUCCAGUAGCAGAGGGAGAAGAAAAUGCAGUAGAUGUAGCCGCUACAGUUCUCCCAGAAGCGGUUGUCACCGAAGUCACCGUAGAAGAAGCUGUGGUGGCUGAGGAUGGUGCAGAGGUGGUCCAGACUGAAACAGAAGCCCCCGCUGACAAUGUUGUAGCCCCUGCAGACACUGAAGACACCACUGUGGAGGAGGCAGUGGCAAAUGUUGCUGAAGCAGAAAUAACUGAGACGGACAACGAUGAUGCUGUUGCAACUGCAGCUCCAGCAGAAGAGGUUGUAACUGCAGUCGAAGCAGAGGUGGAAGCAGAUCCAGCACAAGUUGCCCUUGUUGUGGUCAAAAGACAAGCACCAGAAGUUUCAGCCGAUUGCAUGAUCUACCGAUAUGGCUCCCUUGCCACAUCUGUUGAUGUCGUCCAGGGUAUAGAAAGUGUCGAGAUUGUACAGAUGUCCAAUGUUGUGUCAUUGGCAACUGAGCUGGUUCAGAAUGCAGUUGAUGUCACCGUUAGCUGUCAAGGGAGUUUACCAAGUGAGGUCUGCACAGUUGUUUCGGAUGCUGACUGUAUCACACCGGUGGAAACCGUCUGCUCCGCGGCCGUGCCCUCUCCGGACUGCCAAAUGGUCCUUCGCCAGUUCUUCAAUGAGUCUGGCGUUUUUUGCCUUAAUGUUUCCUUGACCAAUGAUGUCAGUCUUGCUAUGGCAAGUGCUCGUGUCAACGUGGCAGUAGCCUCCGGUGGUUCGCCAACUGGAACUGCUGCCAUCAUCCUGGGUGUGAUGGUGCUUGCCUGCGUGGUUUGCUGUGUCGGUUUAAUGUACAGACGCUUCAAGCAGUACCAGCCACUGACAGAAGACAGCGAUGGCAGUAGCUCGGCAGUGACGUCAGUGCCUCUGCUGCUGUGGAACUUGCUGAUGAGACAGUCGCCUGGAGAGAGCCGCCCACUGCUUCAGGGGAGGAUUGUGUGAAUAUAAAAAACAUAAGGCACAAAAUGUCUAAUUUACAUGUAACUAUUACCUAUAUACCCCUUGAUAAUCUCAAAAUAGACAUGAAAGCCAAUCCCAUUAUGAUGAAAAGCGAAACCGUUUUAGUGACUGACUCAGACACUAAAAUGGUUUAGCUUUUUUUUUUCAGCUAUAUUAUAAGUUAAAAUAUAAAUACUUCAGAGAGUCUGAGGUUUUUAUUUUGACUUAAAAUAUCGCUGUAAACUGGCCAGAAUUUGAUACCUGAUUUUAUACAGUAUAUUGUGAUAUCACGCGGGGCAAGAAGUGGAGGGGCAGUCAGUCUCGAGACUACAUCUCCCAGCAGGCCAUGCAACUCACCCAGGUGUGUCUGCUUAAGCUACUUGAUUGAAGGAUGAGUAGAUAAAAGGGGCCCAGACUGCAGGGAGGUAGAGUGUGUAGGAAGGGUUUACCAAAUCUGGACCUCAAUGUCACCUAUAAUGUCGUGUUUUCCAUGUCUCUCUCCCCUAACAUACCUGAAUCAAAUGAUUAUGUCAUCAGAAGCCUGCUAAUGAUCCUGAAUAUUUGAUUCAGGUGUGUUGGAGGAGGGACACAUGGAAAACACAACAGGAAAAGUGGCCCCGAGGUCUGGAUUUGGUGAACCCUGGUGUGGAAGACUUCACUAUCAGUUGACGGGAAAUGUCCGUAGGGAGCCUAUUUUCAAAAACUUAAAAUUCAAAUAUUUUCAAAACCGAAGCCGCUAGCAACCUAAAACCAAAACAGGCACCUCCUUAAGGCAUGUAUGGGUCACCAUGAACAGCGACAUACAAAAAAAAAAAAAAUCAAAGUCGUUCCCUAACAAAAUCCCGUUUAAUUAUUUUUUAUAUCAGUAUACCAAAACUUAAAAUGGCUAUAAAAUUCAGAUUUUACACAAGAUGCACAAAAAUCACCAAAAGCAGAGAUAAUCACCUAUAUUUUCAGGAUCAAUACGCAAUGUUUACCAUACAAGUUUUUGCCCGAAAUAGUGACUUAAUUUUUUUUAUAUAGUGAAAUUUUGAACAGCUAAUAAAUCACUCAAUUUUCACAUCAGAAACUUAAUGCGUAAGGAAAGAAUGCAGAAUUAUCUUAAUUUUACUGAACAAAAGCAAAUUAUGCAUUUUUCUGUAUACAAUCGACAAUUAAUACAAACUUAUUUAGGUUGAAUAACAAUGUCACUAUUGCCUCUGAUUGUCAUGCUGGCUAUCCUCGUUGUUUUUGGAUUGAAAAAAAAAAACACUUAAAAGCCGAAUUGUUUUUGUAUAAACGCAGAAAUGUCUAAAUUAAUACUUUUUUCCCCAAAAACGGGUGUUGGCCGAAUAUAACCUGAUUAUUUGAAUGUAAAGGUACGCUAUUGUGUAUGGAUUAAAAAAAAAAAAAAAAUCCAAAAUCACCAUCAGAAAACAAAGAGGUUUUUAAGUUGAAAAUUGUAAAUAAAUGCAAACAUCCCAGAAUUUCUAUAGAUAUGAACGUAAAACUGUCCAGAUUCUUGGUUAAAAGCAAAAAAACGUCCAGUUAUCAUUCAUUUUACGUAAAUACUUCAAGCUAAAUUCACGCUAAUUUUUCCAUUCAUUUCAAUUUUGUGCAUGGAUGGUGCUAUUUUAUGUAAUAAUUACCUUGAAUCACAGACCAAAUCACUCUUGAGACACUCCUGCCUGCUUGUAUGCACUAAAAUCAUUGUCCUGUUUCUACCCAAAUCCAGCGUUAGAACGCAGCAUGUUGGAAUUUAUUGCAGUGAAUGCCUCCUCGAUGCUGUGCCUGGUCCGGCCUACUAUGGGAAGCCGUGGCACAAUAUCUGUAGGAGUUGUCUCAUCAACUAAUGGUGAAGUCUAUGGUAGGAGAAUAAAGAGAUAGACCAGGGGUGUCGAACUGGUCCCCAAAGGGCAGCAGUGGAUGCUGGAUUUCAUUCCAACCAAACGAGAUGAAUACCUAUAAACCAAUCUGAUGUCUUAUAAGUGUAACCAGUUGAUUGCGGUCAGGUACUGCUUUUUUUAGCAUAAAACUUAUUGGUUGAACUGUCUGCUGGAUCUGUUGGAACAAAGACUAGCACCCACUGCGGCCCUUUGUGGAAUCGGUUUGACACCCCUACGAUAGACUAUACUGCAAGACCUGGAAGAUAGUUUGUUGACAUCUGAGAACAGACUUUGGUUCGCACAAUUGGCAGUUUAUUUGGACAUUUGUUUGGGGAAACGGCACCGUCGAAUGUGUAAGCCGAUAAGGAAGCUGUGGCAUUGGAACAAAUAGUGGACAGGAUUCUUUCCCAUUCAGGUUUACCUCUCGUGAUUUUACGAUAUAUGCAAAAAUUGGGAAACCAAAAUUUGCCAAUUUGGGUCUGAAUGUACGUAACUAAUUCUCCCGUGUGAGCACUGGUGUUGUAACAUAAAUAAAAUGAAACUUU